AGAAGCCGUUUUGAUCAAAUUCAUCAUGGUCUCCAGGGAAUUUGUGCAGUGUCACAAAGGACCUAUGCUGAUCAAGUUGAUGCCGAUGUCACAGUUAUUGGCUCUGGUCCUGGAGGGUAUGUUGCUGCUAUCAAAGCAGCUCAGCUUGGAUUUAAGACUGUCUGUGUAGAAAAAAAUGAAACCUUAGGUGGAACGUGUUUGAAUGUGGGAUGUAUUCCGUCCAAGGCCUUGCUGAACAACUCACAUCUGUAUCACUUGGCCCAUGGAAAAGAUUUCGCUAAUAGAGGAAUUGAAAUUACAGGAAUCCAUUUGAAUCUAGAGAAGAUGAUGGAACAGAAGAGUGGUGCAGUGAAGGCCUUAACAGGUGGAAUUGCUCAUUUAUUUAAACAAAACAAGGUUGUGCAUGUAUCUGGGUUUGGAAAAAUAACUGGCAAAAACCAAGUCACUGCAACCAAAGAAGACGGCAGCACACAAGUUAUCAAUACAAAGAACGUACUUAUAGCCACAGGCUCAGAAGUUGCUCCCUUCCCUGGAAUUACUAUUGAUGAAGAUAAUAUCGUGUCAUCCACUGGUGCGCUGUCACUGAAAAAAGUUCCUGAAAAGAUGGUUGUCAUUGGUGCAGGAGUCAUUGGUGUGGAACUGGGUUCAGUUUGGCAGCGCCUCGGUGCAGAUGUGACAGCUGUUGAGUUCAUGGGCCAUGUUGGUGGAAUGGGAAUUGACAUGGAGAUCUCUAAAAACUUCCAACGUAUUCUUCAGAAACAGGGACUUAAGUUUAAACUGAACACCAAAGUUACUGGUGCUACCAAGAAACCAGAUGGAAAAAUCGAUGUAGCUGUUGAAGCUGCUGCUGGUGGCAAGGCAGAAGUAAUAACUUGUGAUGUGCUCCUAGUUUGCAUCGGUAGGCGUCCUUUUACAAAAAAUCUAGGUCUGGAGGAUAUUGGAAUUGAACUUGAUAAGAGGGGGAGAAUCCCAGUCAAUAACAGGUUCCAAACCAAAAUUCCAAACAUCUAUGCUAUUGGUGAUGUAGUUGCUGGACCUAUGCUGGCCCACAAAGCUGAGGAUGAAGGCAUUCUUUGUGUAGAAGGGAUGGCUGGGGGAGCAGUUCACAUCGACUAUAACUGCGUACCCUCUGUGAUAUACACUCACCCUGAAGUGGCCUGGGUUGGCAAAUCAGAAGAACAGCUGAAAGAAGAGGGUAUAGAAUACAAAAUCGGAAAAUUUCCAUUUGCUGCGAACAGUAGAGCAAAGACAAAUGCUGACACAGAUGGCAUGGUGAAAAUACUUAGUCAAAAAUCAACAGACAGGAUGUUGGGUGCUCACAUUUUAGGCGCGGGUGCUGGCGAAAUGGUUAACGAAGCUGCCCUUGCUAUGGAAUAUGGAGCAUCAUGUGAAGAUGUAGCCAGAGUUUGCCAUGCCCAUCCAACAGUGUCAGAAGCCUUCAGGGAAGCAAACCUAGCGGCAUCUUUUGGCAAAGCUAUCAACUUCUAAAAUGAAAGAGCCGAUCUUUGUACAUGUAUAGGACAUCCUGGAAGAUGGACUGUGGGCCCUUAUGGAAGGCUGUCUGAGGAUUUUAGGACUGAAUUAAAUGAAUCUCUUCAUUUUAAACAUCAAAUAUUUAAACAAGUAGAGUUUGGAACAAGUGGAAUUAUCCAGUCUCUGUAAAUUAAAUACUUAAAAUUACAUGUUUAUUUACAUGAUGAAUGUUGCAGAAAAACAGCCUGACAGAAUUCUUCUCUUUUUCAAAACCAAACAUUUCGCUGCUGCAUGGGAUUAUCAGGUGUGCUGGUCAAAACUCUGAAUAAGUGUCCAGCAUACCUGCUGUUUUCUUAUUUGAAGUAGUGAUAGACUAAACCAGUUGAAUGCUGGCACUUACAAUGCCGCUGGCACUUCGCACAAAAACAUGUUUCCUUCUGAAAGGAUUAACUUUAGUAUUUAACCUACUUCUUGCAUACAAGUACCAAAACUUGUUUUGACCUAGUAGUGUUAGGAUGUUGGGAGAAGAGGGGCUCGUAUAGUUAAUUAAAACUAUAUUGACUUUUUAAAGAGAAAAUUACUCUGUGUGUGUGAUUCUCCACACGUCAUGUUUUCAUAUUGAAAACUCAUCAGGGGAAAAAUCGAGUGCUGAUGGAGAAAUGAAAGAUUGAAGAAAAAGUAAUCUUACUGCUACUUAAUCUUUUUUGUUUUUAAAGCUUCCAUUGUCCAACUCUCUCAAACUUGAAACGCUAGAACUGGGUAGUGAAGCAGUGCUUGCUGUUAAGUGCUAUGACAUGAGGGUUAUUCUGCACCUUCCACACAUAAGGGCUGCAGUGUCAGCUCUCCACACAAUUGAGACAUACUUUCUUCUCUUCUGUUUUGUAUUUUGUGCUCUCUUUCUGUCUCUUUUGUAGCAAGAGAGCUUAAUAAAUACUUAACGUGGCUGGAGGGUCGUCUUGGGUUUUGUUUGCUGAUGGGCCCUGUUACUCCUUUUAGUGUCUAGGUUGUCGAAUAUGUGAAGAAACUCACAAACAAAUGGCAUCUUUGGAAGAUCCCUAACACGUAUAUGGAAUGUGCCCAAUUCCAGUAGCUCAUUUUAAGUUUUGUUUUGCAGGGUGCCUUCUUUUGUGUGUGUAGUUGUUUGGGUUUUUUUGUUAGGCUCUUCUGCCUUGAAAAAAACCUUAAUAUCUGCUGGUAUUGUGCAUGUCCUUUUCAUUAUGCCAAUGGCAUGAUAGAUGAGAAAUGUACAUUCAGAAAAUGGUGCAAAAGCUACUUGGUUUUGUGUAUAGAUGAGAUGGUUAUACCUUUCUACCUUUCUUUAGAGCUUCUUAUUCAAGUAUUGAUCCAUUAUCCAUACUGAGUGAUGGAAAUAUAUGCCGUUACCAUUUUAUUAAGAUAUCGGUUAAUCAACAAACACCAGUGAUACUGUUCUGCGUUUUGGUUUGGUUUUUUAACUCCUGCUUUAAAUGUAGAUGGGGUUAAAUCAUGACAGCUCAUUAAGCUUUUCACCAGGAUAUGAGAUAAUCCAGUUCAUGGAUAUGCUGGGUUCAGUGAAUUAAUGUGGAUCUGCUUUUGGGUGUUAGCAGGAAGUUGCUGAAGGGAAAGCAAAGGUGAGACAACAGUGAGG